UAGUCUAAUUGAGCAGGUCGUCGAAUCCAGCACGAAAGAUUCAGAAAUCGCCCAACAUGCCGUCCGUCAAGAACCCCAACGGCCCAUCCAAGAACCGCCUCGCCGCGCGGGCAAACACGCUCCGGGCAAAACGGCAGAAGUCCUCGGCGGCGGGCAAGAAGAGCAAAAUCCUCAAGGCAGACCAGACGCGCGGUGCAAGAGAGGGACUCCUGCCCAACAGCGGACCGAACGCCGCUAUCAGCGCUAAGAAGCAGCGAAAGCUUGACAAGAAGCUGGGGUAUGCGCUGAAGCGCAAGAUGCAGGCAGAUGGAGAGGUCGAGAUGAAGGGUAUGUAACCUUGGAGGGACGGAGUGGAAUAAGAAGAUUGGAGAACACUGAUUGUCUUCUUUCGACAGAUGUGCCGGAGACGACCAAGAAGACGGACGGCAAGAGCAAGAAAGCUGAGGACGAAAUGGAUGUCGAGACGGACAUGAUCUCAUGAACGGGGCAAAGGAGCAUCCGGCAUGCAAUGAGCGCACGAACUGAACUUCAAUUGCUUCGUCAGAGCAGAGCUUGAUAUUCACACAUAUCCAAUGGGGUCAAAAUGG